CUCAUCAACAUGAAUUUAUAUUUCAUCACCCUUCGUAAGUUGACCCCGCCAGCAUCUUCGCAUAUUGAACAGUCACAUGCACCAACUCAGAAGUCCUUUAAGGGGGGUUCGAUUUCUGUCAGCAAAUUUUGUCCCUCAAAUUGUAAUGACUUGUUAGCAUUGCAUCAUUCAGUGUCCAUCUAACUACCACAGCUAUUAUGACCCAACACUUUCUACCCUCAUUCUCCACCAGUCCUAUUCCUACUCAUUAUACACUAGAAGAAGAUGCCCCCCAUAAGAGCCAUCUUCUUCGAUUUCAUGGGCACCUGCCUCGACUGGCACACCACCGUCGUCUCCUCCCUCCCCUCUUCCAUCCCAGCGGAAACGCGCUCCAAGCUCGCCCUCGUCUGGCGCGAAGCCUUCUUCGCCGAGAACCACGCCCGGCAGGCCCUGAGUCUGCCGUCAGAGGACAUCGACCUCACGCAUAGGCGCACGCUGUUGCGUCUUUUGGACGCGGAGCCGUGGGCGACGGCAUGCAAGCCACUUUUUGGCAAGGAGAAGGAGGAAACUGUGGCAAGAGCGGUGGAAUCCUGGCAUCAAAUGCAAGCUUGGCCGGAUGUGUCACCGGGUAUGGCUACAUUGAAGAAGGUGGUUUCUAGUCCAGGAACAGGAACAGAAACCCCAAUCGAGCUUUUCGUGCUCGCCAAUGGCACAACACGCCUCCAGCUUGACCUCGUCCGGUCGUCGGGCCUAGGACGGAAUGGGAUAUUCUCGAUGCUCUUCUCGAGUGAGCUCUUGGGGGUGUACAAGCCAGCGCCCGAGGCGUACGUGAAGGCGCUGGGAUUGGUGGGCGUCCAGGCGGAGGAGAGCGUCAUGGUCGCGGCGCAUGCGUACGACCUAAGGGCGGCGAGGAAGGUGGGGAUGAGGACUGUGUAUGUGAGACGGUGGACAGACGAUACGGAUGAGUAUAUGCAGGUGGUCAGGGGUGAGAAUAAGGCUUUUCUUGAGGGUAUGGGGAGGUUGAGGGGGGUUGUAGAGGGGUUCACGAGAGAGUAG